AUGCAACAAUAUCCUCACCCAUUCAGCCAAGCUGCGAAACUUGAUUCAAGAAUCACCCUCCCUCGUCCAAUCUACGACCCCGAUCUUGUACAAAUCCUCGAUGCGAGUAAUAUUCCCGAGGAAUUCGAUCUUGACUUGAUGCGCGGUAUCUCCAAAGAAGAACACCAAUGUGCACACGGCGAUGCGGAAACUAUGAUCUUUAAUGCACAUACAAUUCUCAAAGACAAGCCGUAUCUACUCCACAAAGAGCAUAAAAUCCAGGGCCCUGACCAAAACACAAUCAUCCUUUCGGUUUUCACACCAAAAGAAUCAUCCCAAACUCCACGGCCGGUUUUGUAUCAUAUGCAUGGAGGUGGUCUAGUCAGCGGUGACAGAUUCACAGCCCUUACGCCUAUCAUUGACCUUCUUGAAGGCAUCGAUUGCAUUGUUGUUUCUGUUGAGUAUCGUCUUUCACCAGAGACCCCUCAACCAGGCCCGAGCGAAGACUGUUAUGAUGGGCUUGUUUGGAUUUCAAAGAAUGCCAUUAGCUUAGGAAUUGAUCCAGCACGGAUCGUACUGUUUGGUAUAUCCGGUGGUGGUAUAGUGGCAACAACAGUGUGUCUCAUGGCAAGGGACAGGAAACUAUCUUCAAUACCUAUCAAAGGUCUCAUGUUAUAUGCGCCUCAACUUGACGAUCGUUGCGAAACGUUGUCAGACCAACAAUUCGAAUAUGGCAAUCCUACUAGCACGAAGUGGGUUCGCGCGUGUUGGGAUCUUGUGCUUCCAAAUAUUCGUGGGACUGAUGAAGUCACACCAUAUCAUGCACCAGCUCGAGCUGAGGAUUACUCCCAUCUACCAUCUACCUACAUUGAUGCUGGCGAGUGCGAGGUCCUUCGCGAUCAAGCCGUAAGCUUUGCUACGAACAUGUGGCGAUGCGGAUCCACUUGUGAGUUACACAUCUGGCCUGGAGCUUACCAUAUUUUUGAGAUGAUCAACAAACCCGAUAAUCUGCUUAUUCAGUCAGCUAAAGCAGCAAAGAGGAACUGGCUUCAGAGGAUCAUGGCUGCUCGUCCCAAAAUUCAAGUUGCUGAGCCUGAGAUAGUUGGGCAUGAUGGACAAUGA